AUGGCUGAUGAUGCCGUCACUGGUGGUUGGAGCACCAUCGAAUCCGACGAGGGCCUCUUCACCUCUCUGAUCGAACAGCUGGGGGUCAAGGAUGUCCAGGUCGAAGAACUGUUCUCGCUCAACGCAGAUUGGAUCCGUGCUUUGAGUCCCGUCUACGGUGUGAUCUUCCUCUUCAAAUGGAUCGGCCAUGGAUCGGAAAAUAAGGAGGCACCUCGAGAUGGUACAUUCGAUCGGGCCGCAGCUGAGGACGAGGGACUCUUCUUUGCGGCGCAGACAAUACAGAAUGCCUGUGGCACGCAGGCCAUUCUCUCGGUGGUUUUGAACAAUGACCAGUCCGUCGAUGCCUCGUCCUCGGGCGGAGAUGAGUCAGGUGCAAGAAUUGAUAUCGGACCUGGGCUACGAGAUUUCAAAGAGUUCACGACGGGGUUUGACGCAGGGCUGCGAGGGGAGUCGCUCUCAAACUCGGAAAUGAUUAGAACAGUUCACAACAGCUUCGCGAAAUCCAGUCCGUUUGCCGACGAGACGAUACAUGAUCCCCGUGGAGGCCCGCCGGAUGACGUGUUUCACUUCAUCGCUUACACACGCUACCAUGGCAAAUUGUACGAACUUGACGGACUCCAGCCCUAUCCCAUCUCUCACGGUGACUGCACAUCGGAGGAAUUCCCGGACAAGAUCAUGUCUGUGUUGCACCGGAGGAUAUCGAGAUACCCCGAGAACGAGAUCCGCUUCAACCUCAUGGUGGUGUGUCAGGACCAGAGGAUCAAAUGGCGGGAGCUCCAGGAACCUGGCCUGCUCGAGGAGGAGGAACGCAAACGCGAAAAGUGGGACUUUGAAAAUGCGCUCCGACGUCACAACUUUGUCGAAUUCACGGGCGAAGUGCUCAAGCGAGUGGUCAAGAUGAAGGUCUAUGAUGGCUCCUACGAUCUCUGGGUCGAGCGGGCCAAACAGGCGACGGAGAAACGGGUGAAGGAGAGACUGGCCAAGCAUGCUUCUGCUUCCUGA